AUGGAAGUCUACCGACAAAGUAACUAUUGGUGGCACGAUUCGCCCACCCAUUCAUGUGGCAUUCCAUUGGUGGAGACGCAGCCCGGCGAUGGAGGUCCUCCUCCGUGCUACGCUGAGUUCCUCAACGAGUUGAAUGCUCACCGUGUAGAUAGUUUUGUAAGUGCUUUCUUUGUAUUUAGGACUGAUUGUUUUUCGUUGUUUUUCCAUAAAUAAUAUGUUUUUUAGUCCCCAGACAUGUCUCAUUUAUCGAAGAGAUUCAAAAAAGAUGUAGAUAUCGAUAAAUCGACUGAUUCUGUGGAAAAUGCGCGCACGUCUCCAUUUUCUUCCAGCUCCAAGGAAGGUCCUAGAACCCCGGUUAGAAAGUACGCUUCGUUUUAUUUUCUUUUUGUUGGAUUUUAGGUAUCAUCGAUCUAAUAUGUUAUUUUAGAACUCGUCAGUCAACCGUCCCUCGAAAACUUCUUCGUUCUCCAUCUCCGGAGGAGAUUUCUAACACCAGGCUGAAUGAUUCUUUGGACGAGGAAGACUUCGACAUGGCUGUGGCUAGUCAGGCCAUCGAACAAGCUAUUAGAACCCAACGGGCUGAACGAAGUCAGAUAAAGCCACCGGUGGCCUCGGUCAGUCGAGUUCAGUCCAGUACCACGGUCAAAAAGACUCAUGUCUUUGCUAAACCUCAGAUCCCGAUUGUGAUUCAAAGAACUCAAAGUUUUCAACGAACCCAGACUACGCAAAGAGAGGAGAUUUUCGACCACCAGAAGGGACAUCAGAAUACGAAGCAGCAACUCAAGCAGGCCCCCGUAAAGCCUCAACCUGUUCCGAAACAAGUUAUGGCCCCACCAACCCGGGUUCCACCUCCCCGACCUCAACCAGCAGUUGUUAUUCAAAGACCCAGUCAAAUUGUUGUUCCAAUGAGACCAGUGACCCGCCUUCAAGCCAGAACCUCAGCUCAGGGUAUUGCCAACCAAGCUCAACCUCAAACGAACCAACCGGUAAAUCGCCCAUCCGUCUCUAAUCAAGCUCAAAAGCGGCCAAUUGUCCAAAGAAAGACGAUCUCAGUUGUCCCUCGCUUCUCGCAAAAUCCGGUACGAAAGACCAAUUCAAUGGAUCCAGUCCAGCCAAAAGCGAACACGAAGAAGACUCCUCUCAGAGACAACAAAACUAUGGAGAGAACAAAGAGUGUCGAAGUGGAAGACGACUUCUACGACGAUUCCUGGAUUCAGGGAGUUGAAAUACCUAAGUUUAAAUAA